CAGACUCGAGGCUCGGAGUACUAUUAUGCACCAUGAAUGUGCUGGGUGGGGUUUGAAAGCACCCGAGGUCUAGAAACAGCGUGCUGUCGUCUAUGAGCUGUUGAUCACAGAUGGCUGACAGGUGUGUCGGCUUCCUUGGUUGGCUCUGUUUUUGCGUUCAUUAUGGCUCUCGCGUUCUGGCGACGGGCCGGCUGACGAUACUCUCGCUGCAUUUCGUGGACUGCGAGCCAUCGCAGGACGUUGAGCCGACCCUGACCGAUGAAGAUGCUCUCGAUCUUGAUGCACCCCAUUCACGAUAGAAUCCCCCUAUGGGCAUUCAUGAGUCACUAGAUGCCGACAAUGUAUCUACAAGGCCUGAGGCAACAUGCGCGUCCAUCAAAUCAACACAUCCAGCGCUACUCUACGUUGACCAAUGCUUCUUUGGCAUGCCAUCUCCAACCACCCGAACAAUCCGACCAAGAGCCCUCAUCCCCGUCGUUCCUGGCCGGCUAACAGAGUGCAUGGAGACUCCAUUCUGCUCUGGGAAAGCGGCUCUAGGUGUAUCCGUCUGAGAUUGUUCGCUUCUGGGUGCUUUGGAUCCAUGCUUUCUCUACGUCGAUCAUGUUCUUUUCCGUUAUCACUCAUGCGCCGCAAUCCAAAGUGGCGCAGGCCAUUCUGAUUGAGCUGCAGAAGGCAUACGAGCAGCUCGAUCCAGGUGCCAAGAUUUACCCAAGCUCCAGAGCACGCAAGUGCUUGCCGAUCAUCCAGCGGCUGGUUGAACGGGCAUUGCAUCUAUUUGAAGAAUCGCGCAACGGCGUUGUAGCGAUGUUACAUCUGGAAACCUUCCCGGGCCGAGAAGGACGAGCUGUCAAUCCUUCAGCGGGAAUACGCAUCCUCUGACAAAAAGAGCUUAGCCGGCCGAAGAUCCACUUUGUGGGUGCUUAUUAUCGCAUUCGCCCAAGCAGCCGUUUGCGGACAACUCGUCGUUUGCGAGUGUGCAUCCGAGUCUGAUCAGCGAGCUGAACAGAUUCCAUGUCACGCUGAAUGCCCAGAUCCAAGGAGGGUGUC